UCGUCGACGUAGGUUCAACUGAGGGCACCAAUUGUUGUUUACUGCGUUUAGUCUAACUAAUAACCUGUGAUUUUGUUUAAGUUUUGUUAAAAAUUUACCGCUGUUUUGUUUUUUACUCGUUGAUACUUAUUUCGUGCGCUCUAUCCGUUCUAAAUGGUCCAGAUAAUAGACAUGAUGCGUCCUGAAGCUUAUCAACAAUUUAUUAUGAAUCGGCCCAUACAGGUGAAGCCGGCGGACAGUGAGAACCGGGGAGAUAGAAAGCUGUUUGCGGGGAUGCUCAGUAAGCAGCAGACAGAAGAAGAUGUUCGACAACUGUUCGCCCCUUUUGGAACUAUAGAAGAGUGUACCAUACUGAGAGGUCCGGACGGUGCAAGCAAAGGUUGCGCUUUCGUCAAAUUCAGUUCUCACUUGGAGGCACAAGCAGCGAUUAACAGUCUUCACGGCAGCCAAACUAUGCCUGGAGCGUCCUCUAGUCUGGUGGUCAAGUUUGCUGAUACGGAAAAGGAACGCCAGCUUCGGCGAAUGCAACAGAUGGCGGGAAACAUGAGUCUCCUGAACCCUUUCGUCUUCAAUCAUCAGUUCGGAGCGUACAGCGCCUACGCCCAAGUCAGUCCGGAGCAGCAGGCAGCUUUGAUGGCUGCUGCCCAGGGGACCGCAUACAUCAACCCUAUGGCUGCACUUGCCACCCACGCCACUCUCAAUGGGAUGGCGAACUCGGUGGUUCCUCCAACAUCAGGAUCGGGGACAGGACAGUCCGUAAACGGCGCAUUGCCCAGUCUCCCGUCACCAACUAUGCCUAACUUCAACAUGGCUCAGACACCUAACGGGCAGCCACCCUCCUCCGACCCCGGCGUCUAUACUAACGGCAUCCCACAAACAUACCCAGCACAUGCACUACAUCUGUCCAUCCCUGCACCGGGGCUAGCCAACGGAGAGGCAGCUCUUCAACAUGCUGCAGCCUAUCCCGGUAUGCAGCCCUACCCAGGAGUCGAACUGGAAAAUAUUUUGGCCUACCCUGCAGUCUAUGGGCAGUUUCCACAGGCGAUUGCACAGCCUAUGGCCGGCGUGGCCGCAUCCCAGCGGGAAGUGUACUGUUUCCCAGGCUGCUCCAUCUCGGGCCCAGAGGGCUGCAACUUGUUCAUCUACCACCUGCCACAAGAAUUCGGGGAUGCAGAGCUCAUGCAGAUGUUCCUGCCCUUCGGAAAUGUUAUCAGCAGCAAAGUAUUUAUUGACAGAGCCACCAAUCAGAGCAAAUGCUUUGGAUUUGUGUCAUUUGACAAUCCAGCAAGCGCCCAAGCAGCAAUCCAGGCAAUGAAUGGAUUCCAAAUUGGAAUGAAAAGACUUAAAGUUCAGUUGAAACGACCAAAAGAUGCCAAUCGUCCUUACUAACCCCGUGUACCAGGGGAAUAGGUCAUUUGCCAAUCACUUCACCAGGUAUUUGAGCGGUGAUUUUAUAUAACCUGUGGGGAGCACAGCAACCACAUCAAAAUCAUUUGACUCACAUCAUUCAUCAUAACUCUAGCUAGUCUUCAGCAUCUAGUCAUCAUACUACUAAACUAAUCAUACAUAUAUAAUAUAUAUUUAUUAAGAAAUAUAUUAAUCAUAUUUGAUUAAUAAUAUUCAUUAAUCACUACUGAUAAAGUAUUAAUAUACAAUAUGUAUAAUAUUAGUAUUAACUCUUGGGGGACUGAGGAAAACCUCUGUUUGUGUUGUUUUUACUUGCAAAGUUGUUUUCUCUAUUUAUUAAUUAUUAUUUUUGCUCUGUUUGGCAAAGAAUUUUAUGGUUAUCAAUUUUUAAGCUGAUAAGUUAUUGAUUGUGUGAGUAAUUUUAUAAACUUUAGCGACCAUGCCGAAUUUCCACUUAGGAUAUACUGUACUGUAACUAUUAACUCUAUGUACAUAUUGCUGACUGACCAAUCUAGUGAUACAGACUAGGACUCGAUAAUAUUGUUUUUAAUGCAAUUGCCAGGUAAUCAGGAAAUACCUCAUGUAAAUUCUAAUGUAACGAUAUAGAAAGAAUAUUCUAAACACUUAUUCUUGCCUGCAAUGUUGGGAAACAAUUUUUGGGGUGGUUCAUGUAAAAUUUAAUGUAAAAUUUGGUGAUAUCAGGACUGGUUUUCAUAAAUUGUAAAAUUUUACUAUAAAUAUGAGAUAAAUAUUUUAUUACAAAGUAGGUGAUCGGCUACAUAAACCUGAGAUAAAAGUGCAAAUGCUUAGCAUUGUUUAUUAAAGUUCAAAUAACAAACAGCAGGCCUUAUGAGGGCUUUCGAAAUGAUUGUGCCAAAUAUAUGUAAUUUUUAUAUUGUGAAGAGAUUUAAUAUCUUUUAAUUGGAGGAAAAUCCUCAACAGAAAGAAAUAUAUAUCCAGUCUAGUGGUUUUAAAUAAGUCUUAUUUGUUAAAAUUAAUUUUCAGAACUUUAAUUUGAGUGUUUUAAAUGCUUAAAAAUAUUUGUUCUCUGUAACCCCCCAACACGUAAUUUUGAUUUUCUUUUGCUAGCACCUUCAGAGGGUCUUGAUUAAUCUUUCCAUCAAGUUUUUAUUUGCAUUUUCUCUUUAUUAUUUCAUGGUGAGCUAAAUCUUACAAAACUUGGCUUGUUAUAAUUCCUUUUACAUAAAUGACUAUAAUGUUUACUGGCAUUCGUAAUUUUCCAAAGUGCAUUAGCAUUCCAAUAAAAUAUCCUGUAGCAACAUUGGAUGGAUGGGGAAUGCAAUAUAAUUUCCCAAUUAAGACACUCUUAUUAAGAUACAUGAGCCAACAUAAUUUCUUUAUUUGUAUCGCCAAGCAGUGAAGUAUAAUUCAUAGAUAAUUGAGGGUGUUACCUGGAACAUGCAUUUUUAAUUAAAUAGGAAGAGAACCAGUGGCUUUAUACAUAAUUAUACAGUAUUGGGAGUAGGGGAAAAUUAUUACAUAAACAUAAACACUACAAAUAAAAUAAAUAUCAUGACUUUAUUAUUUUUUAUUUUAUGAAACAUCAAAUAUACUACUAUUGAUAAUAUCUCAACAUAUUUUACACCUUGCCCAAUUGGAUACUGAAAAAAAUUUUGAAAAGUGUGUCAAAACAUUUAUAAAGAAACAUUUAAAUCAUAAACGCAUUGUUUCUUUUACAUAACCCAUAUAUUUUAUUUUUAAAAAACUGCUUUGUUCAAUAUGCUUUUAUUUUACAAGUAUUUGAACAUCAAUUAUGUUUAAAUACUUCAACUGCACAGUGAAUAAAAGUGAGUAAAAUAAGUCCAUGGUAAUUUCUUUUACAUAUUUGAAUAAUUCCUUCCCUACACUCCAUAACUAUUUUUUUUUUAUAAUAAGGACAAGACACUUAUUUUGUAUUCAAUUUUAUAUUAAAAGGCUUACAAAAUUCCCUAUAUUAAGUCUGGAAAAUUCUCUCAGGAACAUAUCCAAAGGGCAGUUGUGAGAUACAUGUUUUUUAAACACUUCAGAAUUAACUAGAUCGAGCAAUGACAGUUUUGGAUCCCAAAGUAUUUCAGCAUGUGUAACUUUUAGUUUUCAAUAAAGUUAAUUUAUACACAACAGGAAUAAAAGCAUAUACGACCCUUCCCUUGAAACCAAAUUAUAAGAUAGAAUAGAAAAUGUGAUUCAUGAACUCUUGACAAAUAAAUCUUAUAUUAAUAAUACUUAAAACUGAAUUCCUUAUUUAUAUUGUUGACAAUUAGUAAAUAAUAUACAAACUAAAUUAUAGUAUGCCUAGUAUAUUAACAUAUUUUCCUUAAACUAAUAAUUUUUACAGUCAAUCAGCAUGUUUAGAAAGCUUUUGUGUGAAAUGCAAAUUUUGCCACAAUAGUGACAUCACUGAAGCAUCUUCUGUGUUUGAUUUAUCGUACUAAAAUUGUGCUCUCACGGCCAAAAUCACAUCACUUGAACACGCGUGGUGCAUGGAACAGACAAGAUGCUACUGCCGUAGACCAGCAGUGUUUUGGUCCCUUUUUUCAUUUGGUGUUGAAGCCAGUGGCUGCAUUUUCAUAGCCCUAGUAACUUUACUCUUUAACAUCAUCAUGAAAAUUCUGACAGGCUGCAGCAUCAACACCCAAGUGAUAUUAUGAUAUGAACACUGGUGGUCUGCAAGCAUCAGCUGGCCAUUCCUCAUUUAAAUGAGAAAAAUGCUGAAGUACAGUAUGUUCUCAGAAACGUGUUCAUUUGUUCAUGAAAUUCACUGUAUGAGUGUAAAGUUUUAAGUAUGACUGACCUCAAGAGGAUUCUUCAUGUGGUUGUUGUUGUGAAAAAAUGCAUGUCACUAACAUCCUGACUGGUCAGAAAAUAAAUUUAAUGUUAUCACUUAAUGUCUUGAAAUACCCAUAAUAAACCCUAAAAUGAUUCUUUAAAAUUAUUAUUUUUUCAAAUUCCUAGUUUAAAUUGUUUUGACUUUAUGAUCUCAGUACCAAGAGUUUUAAGAGGAGAUCAGUUUGUGGAGUUCCAAUUAGAUGCACUGUGAAAUAGCAAUAGAAAAUCAACUUGGUUUCUGUUGCUUAUACAUUAAAAUUUUUACAAAUCUGUUAAGAUAUGUGAUGAUAAUUACUUUAUUUGUUUCUUGAAUGGUGCUAACAACUAAUGUAGUAUAUCAAAAAUGUAAAUACUGUAGAUUAAAUUUAAUCUUUAAUUUGUUUCACCUCACAGUGCACUAGUUGGUUGAAAAUAAUCAUAUCGUGAUUUAUUAUACUGAAUAGGUGGCUUACAUGUUCUAUGUGCGAAGUGUGCAUAGAUAAAAAGUCAGAAUCAAAUUACAAACCAGUCCUGGAUCCCCAAACUAAGCAAACCAAGAGCCAAUUUAUAUUUCUGAUAACCAUGACAAUUCUUUGGCAAGACUACCUAAAAAGCGUGCUGCCACUAGUUUGGCUGUUAGAGUUCCACCCGUCGUCUAUGUGUGAUAAUAAUAUUUAUUUUCUAUACACCUUUUUAAGGGAAAUCCAUGGUUAAGAAAUUGAUGUCUUUAACUCUUACGCUCUGGACUAUUCCAUUUGGGCUGUGAUUUUCAAAGAUUCUGUAACAUAUAAAUGUAGUUCCGUGGUGUACAGCAUGUUGUAUUCACGAUUCUGUAUUAACUAUACAUAAAUACUAUAUUGUAGUACACAGUUAUGUUUGUCACUAUUAUUAUGGGUUUAAAACCGAUUCGCUAAAUGAUAUCACAUCUUGCUCAAUAUAAUUUAGGUCCACUAUAUCAAUUAUGUGUAUUAUAUGUCGUGCACUUGGGUGUUGGCAUUUGUGGUUGAUGUUAGUAUUGUUUGUGUAAUUCUGUUCAUGUUUUUCUAAGAAAAUCGUCUAAACUAUCUGACCUAAACUUUUUCUAGUUGGAUAAAACUGCAAAUACUGUCAUGCAUUUUCCGUCCUACCAAUAAUGCAAUGACCUAAUAAAAUUGUCUUCUUAAAACCUUUUUUAGACACUAAACCAAAUAUUUUGUUUGUUGAGAAAGCUCUUUAAUAAACAUAAAAAACAUACAAGCAUGUAAAAGUGUUAUUGGUGUAUUUUAAUUAAAUAUCUAAAUUGUGUCAUACUUAUUUUUUGCAUACAUUUAAAGUACUACACAAGAUAUGGUCUUAGCUUCAAUUUUCUGUUGUUUUUAAAUGAAAAUGUAUUAUAAUCUUUUUCUACAAUUUAGUGUGAUAACAGUUAUUGGUACUACAUUAUGGUUUACCGUUUGUUAAGCAAUCAAAAAGUCAAUUAUGCAUAUAUUAUUAGCUGCAACCAGUUUUAAACCCAAAUAAAUAAAAAGAGCUUAGCGUUACGUAUCUUUAAAAUAUUAAUCUUUAUUCUUCUUUUGUAGUUUAAUGUAUUUGUCAGUUUCUUAAAUUUAUUUUAAUAUAAAAAGAAAAAUUUAUGUGGAGACAUUACGUAAAAUGUCUUUGAUAGCUUUUGUUUUCAAAUCCAAUUUCUCUCUGUAGCUUUGCUCUCCUUUAAAAAAAUAUGCUAAAUUCUUAUUUUCAUAAUUGUUUUGAAUUGAAAAAAAGCUUGGACCAACUUUCAACAACAGUUGAUAGUAACUGUUUCACUUGAUAUAAAUAAGCACGUUUAUUUGUAUUAUGUGUAACAGUCCAUGUUUUGGUGCAAGAAACUGAAACUGACUUGUAAAUAGCUGAUUAUGUGCUUCUCCACAUGAAUUCCCUUAGCAAUGAUUGUUUAGGCCUAUUAGAUCAAAGUCUUGGAUGUUUCACUGUUUAGGUCUCUAACAGCCGAACCUUAUUUAUUUUUGUACAAGUAGCAGCACUGCUAAUGAGGUAUAUUGUAUAUAGUCAGCCCUAAGCCCUUGCAGGAAUUGUAACUGUGUAUUACUCAACAUGGUGUGUCAGUAGGCUUGGGUUGUAUUUACUAGAAAUAGAGGCCAUGUAUAGUUCGAGCUAUAGUAUUUUCUAUUAACCAUUGAGAAAUCUUUCUAGUAAAACGACCUUGAGAACGUAGUUACCAUAGAUUUUUCAGAAAGGCUAUAAAUUACUGUAGCUAGGAAUUUUGUCUGACGGUUCGAAUUCGGAUCAUUGAUCGUAUUUGGCCGGUAGUGUUACUUUGGUGUUUACUAAAAUGCCUCGGCCAAAGUACUCCGAUGUUCUAAUAGAUACAGUAAUCGAGUAAAAAUAUUUUAUAUACAAGUAUUCCUUUGAAUAAGGAACUUAAGGGAGCUUACAAGUAGAGGUGUACCCUGUUUGGGCGGAAAAUGAGAAUCGAUUGUUUAAGAAAAGAGCUUUGACAGAGGAUUUCUUUAGUGAUAGGAAAUGUGUGAUUUCGUCGGUAGAAGGGGGGAGCGAGCCAUGCUCAAACGCGGUAACAUAGAUUAAUUGAUUGUAUUUAUACAUGUAUAAACUAUUAGUGAAUAUCUAGUAAGUAGUGUCUUCAUGACCCUUUUAGAUAAAAAUAGAUACUUUAAAACUUGUUAAUUUAAGCAGGGAAUCAUCUAAGUAGUUAUCAUAAUACAGUUAUCCAAAGAUUGAGUUCAUGUUUCCUUCUCGUAUCAAUUACGAACCGUAUAUGAACUAUAAAGCCAAGUGCAAUACAGCUGUUCCCUGACUGACCUUCAUUAGUAUCAUUUAUAUAUUAGCGUAGACACAGCUUUUUAAAAGUAUUUUAUUGACUAGUGUUAUAAGGUAUUUAUUCAUUUUAAUAUAGUUAUAUUUAUCGACUUUGUAUCACAUAUUAUAUAUUACAACAUAUUAAUAGCGAUGAUUUGCCAUUUUAUUGCUAACUAUCGCUUAGGCUAACUUGUUUUACGCUCUAUAUAAAUAUAUAUAUUAUAUAUAACCAUAAUCUUUUUUCUCUAAUCAUUUUCUACUCUCGAAAGAAGAUUAUUUUGUAAAUUUUUAUCUCGCAUUCCAGUGUUCUACAGAUUCUGGAACAUUCCUUACAUUUCUGUUUCCUUGGCCCCGUUUGUUUGCGCUGUUCACAGACACGUACGUUCAUCGUUUGUUGCCCUGCAUUUGAUAAUCGUAUCAUCCCAUCGCCCAUCAUAGUCUCCCAUUUUUGUACUAAAUCAUAAUGAAUCAUUUUACCACUACUACAUUUAAACAACUAGAGCAAUGAAGUGAAUAUUCUUGCUUCGAUACAGGGUAUGUUUUUAUUGAAAUAUAAGGAAGAACUAAUUUUCAAUUGUUUGGUCAUUGUCGAUGUAAGUGUAAAUGUUUCCUUUUCUUUCAUUUAAAAUUGUGUAUUUAUAAUGAAAAAGAUCAAUAGAUUUUUAUAAGUGUCUUUUUAUUUAAAUCUCCGUGUAAUUGAAGAAAUCAAUUAAUAUACAUAAAGUUAUUAUCAGUGAUCAUAAAUAAAUGUAGAUUUUUCACAAUUGUAUAAAUGAAUAAAGUACAGUAGCAUGAAACAUAGUUUAGGGUAGUGUAAGUGCAUGCGCCCCUCUAUUGCAGGCAUUCUAUUAUGAAUCAUUUUAUUAUCUUGUUGUAAAAUUUUACUUCAUUAAUAAUUGUUUCUUUUAAGAAAUAAUUCUUUUAUAUCUUUGUGAUAUCCAAUUUGUUGUCUUAAUAGAAUCAUGAAAUUUGUUUGUAAGCAAGAGUGCGUUGCGUGAGUGUACAACCCACUGUAUUACAUCAUGUCUCGUGUACCAGCAAUAGUUCGCUAUGGUACAUGGUGUAACUGCGGUAAUGUACACGUACACCACAACCUUGUAUCACUUCUAAGCGGUUAUAGAGUUCCAGCCUUUCAGGACUAUUUCUUUGUAGAUAUUGGUAGUUCGCAUUCACAGUCACAACUGACCACAAUUUCAUUUGUUUCUGCCCUGAACCCAGCACAUUGUUGAUGUUUCAUUUGAAAAAAACUUAUUCUUGUCUUUGUGUUUGGGAGUACAUGAUCUACCGUUCUAGUCAGGUUCUAGUCACAAACUUGUGUGAUCAGGUAUUUUAUAAUGAACUUUGUACACUUAAUUAUAAAAUCGAGUUUUGUAACAUUGUGUUGCAUUGUUUCAAUGACAUUGAAUAAUCACAACUGUAAUAUUUAUUUUUAAUUUAUAAGUAUUUAAAUAAAUGCACUCAAAUUACAUAAUAGUGUGUUCAUAUCUCACUAAUUCAAUAAGUAGAAUAGAACACUAAAGAUUGUUACAGACUUAACAGUUUUAUUUAUUAAUUUUUUAUAAAUGUUUGUAAACUUAAUUAAAAACGUUAAACAUAGCAUGGAAAUGUUAUAUGUACCAUCUUGCAUAUUUCCCAUUUGAUACAGCAACAAUGUUUAAAACUCUUCUCAGUUCCAGUUCUAUGAUUCAAACUAGCUUUUAUUCAAAUUCCCUAACUAUUCACACAAUUAAGCUGAAUACAAAUAUGCAAUAGUAAAGAUCAAACCAUUAUAUUUUACAAUAAGAUCUACUUCUGAUGUUUCUAAAUAACUGUCAACAAUGUUGACUCUCCAGAAAACUAUUUAAAUCCCUGCUUUGAUUUCAGUUGUGCGUUCGUCCAGUAAACUGUUCUGUAGCAAUUACUAAGAAUUUUAAAAACUACCUGGUCACACGUAAAUAAACUAACCUAAUUAUAUUGCAUAACAUUUCUAGUCACUAUUACUCUAGCACAUAUAUUUUUGUAAUCUUAAUCUUAUUGCUAUAUUGUUCUCUAGAACAAAUGUUUUGUUCAAAUCUGGUCGCAUAGGACAAGAUUUUAUGUAUCUUUUAAAGAACAACACUACAUUUGUAUGUCAUAGGUCUAACAUUGCCAGUUAUACUGAAAAGUACAAACUCUGUAUAAUAUAAUACAACAAACAAUACUGAGCAGCACAUUAUAUAUGUGUGACCAAAGUAUUGUUAUUUUUGUUCCUCGAGACAUGUAUUCCCAUCAAUUUAAUAUUGAUGUUUUGCCAUUGAUGAACUAAUCAUUUAUAGAGACAUAAAAGUUUCUAAUUUGACUUCAUAGAUUUAUUAUUCUAAUUUAAAGUUAAAAACGAUGUUUUAAUUUCUUUAUUUUGCUACUCAUAACUGUAGUAUUUAUAUAUUGUUGUUGAUGCAUAACGAAAAAUGUUUUAGUAUAUGAAGGAGACAAUACUUAGGCAAGAAAAACUACAAAAUAAUUUUGUACGUCUUUAUUUGAAGACUUUUUAUUGAGUAUGUUGAAUUUUGGUGUAUAUUGUUGAAUAUUACUGUUGGUCUUAUUUUCGGCAUUCGUUUUAUGUGAGGAGAUCAUUUAAACUUUUUUUGUCGUUUUGCGAAACAUUUGUAAUAAAUGUUAAUAUUCAAAGGCUUACAGGGAUGUCUCAUAAGAAUUAGUUUUGAAUAGCUUUAAAGCGAACUGUUGCGUUCUAUAUAGAAAUAGCUUUUUUAUAUAGCGUUUUAUUUUUCUAAACGCCUCUGUAUAACUUCAUUUCAGAAAGUGGCUUCUUUGCUGAUAACACGUUACGUGGGGAAUUUUUGUAUGUAAAAUAAAAAAAAAGACUUGAUUAAAGUAUAACUGUGAAUACUACGCAGAUAUUUGCCGAUAGAAUAGAGCUUCUGUUUUCAGUUGGCAGACCUCGCGACAACGCUCACAGCAGAGUAAUGUCAUGAGACUGACUCACUCCCGACAAAACUCGCGGAACAGUAUUGUCAUUAAAGCGAUUCAGUCGUAACACAAACUCUCAGUACGGUGUAUGAGUCUGAAGUAUUUGUCAUGGCAAUACUCAGCAUAGUAUUGUCAUGUGACUGAUCCACUUAAGACUAACCUUUCAUCAGAUCAUCGUCCUAAGACUGACUUACUAGCAGCAGAGUUUUGUUACGAGACUGACUCACUUUUGACAAAACUCAUAGCAGAGUAGUGUCAUGAGACUGAUUCACUCUUGUAUUUGUGACCCGUCGAGUGUCUAGUGAACGCGUACACACUGUCAGUAUUUCACUUGUAAUAAUCUGACAUCUCAAAUACAUUGCAAUGUCAGAUUAUUACAUAUCAAGUGCCAUGUCACGGUCGAGUUUUUAGAAUUUCUGGCGCCGGCUACCAUAUCAAUUUGAUGUUGACUUUGUUUCUUUUUCAGCCUGUACAUAGCCGUUUUUCUAAAUGCUGGGAUCACCCUCAAAAAGAAAGCAUGCCAACUUGUUUUGUCAUAUCUGUAAAUUUUUUAUUUAUGACAAAAUCACAGAGUACUUAUUACUUACAAUAAUUAUUAUGAUUAGUAAUUAUUAUAUACUAAUGAUAACCUAUAAUAUUAACUAUAUACAUAAGUGAAAAAUUAGCCAAGCUAGAUUUUAUUAGAUUAAAACUGAACACACGGGCUUGUUGGAAGAAAAUUACGGACAAGACUUAAUUUCAUUAUGUUUACUGAGAGAAUUCUAGAGUACAGCCGAUCCAUCUUUGCUAUAUGAUAGUGUAUAACACAAAUCCUCAGUUGCUUACAGAUACUCAGAACUGAAUAUUUUAAAAAUAUAAAGUGUCCGUUGUUUUCUUUCUAACGAAAUUUCUGAAAUGGAACAAACUCAUGUGUAUUGUAUAAACUAUUAUAUAAUAUUUAAACACAAAGCAGAGAGAUGGACAUCUUAGAGCGACCUUGAUAGCAGUAGACACUUCAAUUAACAAGUAGCUAUUUAUUUAUUUAAUUAUUUAGUACUUUAAUGGUUAACAUCAGUCUUAACAGCAGCCUACAGGGAAGACCAAAGUUCCCUGUAGUCGUUUGUUACUUUUAAAUUCUAUCUUCAUUGUACAAAAGAGAAAUCAGUUGACACUGCUGUUUAUUUUUAAUCUUAUGUUUCAUCUAGUGAAUUUGUGCUACUUGAAAUACAAGCGACUGAAAUUUGACACUAUUUAGAUGCAUUGACAGAAUUUACAUUUUAAUAUUUAAACAUAGUUUUUCUCUUUGUAAAAAUAAAAUAACUCCAUAUUGUUUAUGAGUUCAUUUUCAAAUUCCAGUUGAACUCUUAUGAUUGUAAUUACUCUUCAUUAUUAUACCAGUCUCUUAUCUCUUGCUGCUGUUUCAAGUAGGUCAAAUCCUGAUUAUACAAUCUUUAUAAAGGAAUUUAAAAAAUAAAGUUGAAAAAAUUAAA